AUGUCCGAGUCGAAGAUCUUCUCGUUGGAGGGCAAGAGCCUGAAACUUGACACUGCCGAGGAUAUCGAGCCCCAUAUCAAGGCGCUGAAGGAGAACAACGAUGUGGAGGAGGUACGAUUCUUGGGAAAUACGCUCGGGAUAGGAGCUAGCGAGGCGCUGGCCAAGGUCCUAGAGACCAAGAAGAAGUUGCAAGUCGCGAACUUUGCCGAUGUUUUCACUGGACGUCUCCUCUCCGAAAUCCCGCAGGCGCUGUCAGCUCUCCUUACCUCCCUCCUAGCGCUACCCAACCUCUACACCGUAAACCUUUCCGACAACGCGUUCGGCCUGAACACCCAAGCGCCCCUCGUCGACUUCCUCUCCCAGCACGUACCCCUCCGCCACCUCAUCCUCAACAACAACGGCCUCGGCCCCGCCGCCGGUGUCCUCAUCGCCGAUGCCCUCACCGCGCUCGCCGAGAGGAAAGAAGCCGCCCGCAAGGAAGGCAAGGACGUGCCCAACCUCGAGACUGUCAUCUGCGGCCGCAACCGCCUCGAGAACGGCAGCAUGGCCGCCUGGGCCAAGUCCUACGCCGCGCACACGGGCAUCAAGGAGGUUAAGAUGGUGCAGAACGGCAUCCGCUCCGAGGGCAUAACGCACGUGCUUAACCACGGCUUCGUCCACUCGACCAAAAUCGAGACCCUCGACCUGCAGGACAACACGUUCACCGCAACGGGCGCAAAGGCCCUCGCCAACGUCGUGGGCAACUGGCCCGACAUCAAAGAGCUCGGCGUCGGCGACUGCCUGCUCAGCGGCCGCGGCGGCAUCACCUUCACGAACGCGCUGCAGAAGGGCAAAAACGCCAAGCUCGAGAUCCUGCGCCUUGAGUUCAACGAGAUCAACGCAAAGGGCGUCGCUAGCCUCGCCGCCGCACUGCCCAAGCUCCCCGCCCUCCGCCGCAUCGAGCUCGAAGGCAACAAGUUCGACGCCGAAGAUGCAUCUAUCGAGAAGCUCCGCGAGGAGCUCGCCAAGCGCAGGGAAGCAGCCGGCGUCGAGGACGAGGACGACGAGAACUGGGGCAUUGGCGACCUCGACGAGCUGGAGUCUGAAGAUGAGGACGAGGAAGACGCCGAGGAGGAGGCAAAGGCCGGAAGCGACGAGGAGGACGAGGGCGUAGACGUGCAGGAGAAGGCCGCGAGGGAUAUCAUUGCGGACCAGCAGGCCGAGGAGGCGAACGUGUCGCAGAAGAGCGACAAGGAUGUUGAUGAGCUUGCGGAUGCGUUGGCGAAGACGGAGAUCAAGGCGAAGCAGGGUUGA